AUGGCCUGCUGUCGUCCGGCGGCCAACUUGGACGAAAGCAGCAGCGCUGUUGUUGCCAUUCACAGCGUAAGCGUUCUUUCCGAGUCUUCGGAAUUCAUUCGUUCCGCCUGCGUUGGAGAUGGUGAUCUCCCGAACUCUCUGAGCCCAGUGCUGUGUGCUGACUGCCGGCUCCCUGGAGUUCCUGGGGAAGUCAGCAUCGGGUCGCAACCGCAGCUUCUCACCAGCUGCUCAGUUAGUCGUCUUUUCUGCAGGGAAGACAAAAAAGCACGGUGCCUUCGUUCUCCACGUGGCGGCUUAGAGGUCGAAUCCGCGCCGGAAUUGACGACGUCCACGCAGUUUUUCACCACCCGACCCGUUCGUCGGCAAAUGGAGGAUAGAAUUGGUCGUGAUGACUUAGUGCACCAGCCGUUGCUAGGUAACAUUCGUGCAAAUAUACUGAAAUCCAGCAUUCCUGAUUUGAAUAAAAAUGAAGCUGGGGAUAACGGCGAUGAUUUCGUUCCCAUGGGUGACAAGGGUAUCCGGGAAUUUUGUGCAAAAGUUAUGCGAGCUAGAGAACAUCAUGAGAAAAGGAAGAAAGCUGACGCCAUGGCGGAGGGGAGUUGCGGCGAAGGAUCCGUGGUAGAUCACCAUGAACAGGGUGCCUCAGAGGCCCAUGUUUCUCGCGUUUGCUUCCCCCAUUUCGAGGAAAAGGAGGAGGCGGGUGAGAGGUGGAGACGCAUGGGAAAGAAUACGAAUGUGGCCCAUUCCCCGUGUAAAGUAAGAAGAGUUGUUUUUGAACAAGACACUCUUUCUGGCUGGAAAAGCAGCGGGGCCGUCGAGCCCAGUUCGGAGGCUGGCUGCGGUGCAUUCACUGGGAGGGACGAGGCAAGGGUGCGAGGCGGCGCCAAGCAUAACGGCUUUCGAGAGCCGCAGAAGGAGGACCUUGCUGGAAGAGAGGGCAUUUUGUGCUUCCUUGAAGCUGGUGCGGCGGAGAACGCCGAGUACACUGAGAAUGAUGUGCCCCGUUUGGGUUCUGUCAGUGGCUUCUAUGCAUUGGAAGGAAGUAUGCUGCGACAAGUUAGGCGUGCACGCCAAAUACCUUUAGUUGUCUCCGCCCCGCAUCGCGUCCCUGUUAAAGUGACAACGCCACCUCGCGGUGUCACUACUAACAAGAGCCGCAUCGCCCAUUGCUGCGUAAAAGCCGGCACCGGUGCGGCAGAAGUUGUGCUUGCCAGGGACUGUGCGUUGAAGCAGCCGAGCGAAGACCAAUCCUCUCUGCAGUCUCUCAGUAGCCGUCGAAUACAUGACGACGUCUCGGAGGCUGAGGCGAAACUUUGGGGAAAGAAGAUGCUGGGUCCUUUUACAGUAGCGACAGAGGCAAGGAAACCCUUCCCGCCGAUUGGAGCCUUGCCUUCCAGAGUCGAGCUGGCGAACUUGCCACCUCUUGGAAGCGGCCCCACUGCCGCCCAGGGUGGUAUGCCCUUGGGGGAUGUUUUGAAUGAUUUGUCUAUCUCCUCUCGGUUGCAUUCUGGUUCUAGUGGCGCCUCUUGCAGCGGAAUGCAGGUAACAGAGCAAAUACCACCAUCGCUGCCACCACGACUAGGAUUGGUAGUUAAUUCCUUUUCUUCGCCGCUCGCACCAGCGAAUAAAAAAGAGGUGGGGAAUUCAUCUCGCAAUUCUUUGACCCCGCAGUCAAACAGUUUAUUUCAGCCAGUCCAUCUCUGUCCCAGAAAGCUCCCGCCAUUAUCUCCCAAGGCAGCAAUUUAG